AUGAUCGGGUACCACCAGGAGUUGGACGUCAAGGCUGAAUUCGUUUACUCGCCUUGUAUGGACCCAGACAUGUGCGGCGUGGCCUACGACGGCUUGCACUGCUUGGGGGACGACUUGUACCGCGACUACUUGGAGGAUGUACGCCAGCAUUUGGAGAGCAAGACGCUGCAGGCGGGGAUUCUGGGGACCCGGGUGGAGAAGUUGGUGGCCAACCAGGCCCCGAAGUUGCUGGGGAGCUGCCCCGAGGUGUCGCUGCUAG